AUGACCAUCACUUUUAUAGUCCUUCUCUGCUUCGGACUGUGUCUGGGCCAGAUGACCCACGUGCAGGCAGAGACACUGCUCACACUGAUCAUCUGGGCAGAGCCAGGCUCUGCGGUGGCCCAGGGGAAGCCUGUGAGCAUCUGGUGUCAGGGGUCUCAGAAAGCUGACCGGUACUUCCUGUACCAGGAAGGGGUCUCAGAGCCCUUGAGAAGGGAGUUUCCCCUGGGACCCAGCAGCAAGGCCAAGUUCCCAUUCCCACACAUGACCUACCACCUUGCUGGGCGCUACUCCUGCUUGUAUCACAGACAAACAAGCUGGUCAGUUCCUAGCAAGCCUCUGGACUUGGCAGUCACAGGAAUGUUCAACAGAACCAGCCUCUCAGCCCUGCCCAGCCCCAUUGUGACCUCAGGAGGGAGCGUGACCCUCCAGUGUGGUUCAUGGCAGGAUUUUGACUGGUUUGUUCUGUGUAGCAAAGGAGGAGAGGGCCACCCCAGACACCUGGACUCAUGGCGCCAAGCUGAUGGGUGGUUCCAGGCGCUCUUCACUGUGGACCACAUGAGCCCACGUCACAGGCAGACAUACAGGUGCUAUGGUUAUUUCUCCAGCUCUCCCUAUGUGUGGUCCACCUCCAGCCACAUUUUGGAGCUCCUGAUCCCAGGUGUCUAGGAAACCAUCCCCCUGUCAGUCUUGUCAGGGCCGGUGGUUGCUCCUGGACAGAGCCUGACCCUCCAGUGUCUCUCUGAUGUUGGCUACGACAGAUUCGCUCUGUCCGAGGAGGGAGCACGUGACCCUCCCCGGCGCCUUGGCCGGCAGCCCCACGCUGGGCUCUCUGGGGCGAACUUUACCUGGGACCCUGUGAGACCCUCCUACGGGGGCCGGUACACAUGCUAUGGUGGACAGAACCUCUCCUCCGAGUGGUCGGCCCCCAGUGACCCCCUGGACAUCCUGGUCGCAGGUGAGGAGUCAUAUCCCAGGGCCAACUCCCACAAUUCUGCCAAGCCGGGGCCCUCUGUGGCCCCAGGAGAGAAUGUGACCCUGCGGUGUCAGAGCCCCAGCUUGUUUGAUGCGUUCCUUCUGUCCAAGGAGGGGGAAGCCGCCCCCGCCCUGCACCUCAGAUCUCAGCACCAAGAUGAGGAAUUUCAAGCGAACUUUGACUUGUGCCCUGCGACGCUGGACCACGGGGGGACUUACAGGUGCUACGGGUCACUCAGCAGCACCCCUUUCCUGCUGUCACACCCCAGCGACCCCCGGAAGCUCAUGGUCACAGGGGCUCCUGUUACUAUCACCCCAUCAGUGCAGACUCCAGACUCCAUGAGCGUGCCACUUCCAGAUCACACACUGGAGAAUCUCAUCCGAAUGGGUCUGUCUGCCCUGGUCCUGGUGGUGCUAGCAGUGUUGGUGUUUCAGGCGUGGCACAGCCAGAGAAGUGCCCAAGGUGAAACCAAGAGGUGCUUACUGCACGGCUCCUCCCCCAGCAUCAGCUCCUGGAAUCAGCACUCUUCUGCGUGAGCCUCUGGUGCUUUCCUGUGUGACUGGUAGUGAUGAUUGCUCCUUCAGGGUUGUGGUGCUAAUUAAAUG